UCUUCAAUAACCAUCCAGUGUUAGAAAAUUAUGGAAACUAUUGCAUUUCAAACAGUUGGGCAAUGGUUUGGUUUUGUGAUGAAAUCCACACAAUGGAUUGCAAAAAAGGGGGGAAGCACAUGAAAAAAGAUCCAUCUGUUGGUGCUUGUUACAUAGAGGGAGAGAUAAAUCUAAAAAUAGUCGUUGGCAAAUGGCGGCAGAGCUGCUCGGCUAAAAUAGACGGUAGACAACUAGGCUAGAAGUCUUCGUUAUAGAGAAAAGAGGAAGCAUAUACCGGCCAUUGGAGAGGAGACUCAGUUGGGCAGAGCAAGUGGGCCCGUGAUCUUCUUGCGAGACACCACUAGUGUAUCGUGGAAAAUCUUUGGUAUCGACACCGCCUUCACAUACACAAGUUCCAAACUUCCACCUACCACCUCCUGUACCUCCUCUUUUCACCACCCUACACUCGUUAUUUCUUUUUCUUUAAAUGAUACAACAAUACUGUAGAAUUGCAUUACAGACCUCCUGGCCAGACAAAGGCGUGUCCAGUUUUGACGUAUCGUUAUACCAAUUUGGAUUUCGUUCGUUCAACUCUUAAAGGAGGAUCCGUUUCUCUUGAACCAAUUUUUGAAUCUUGUGUCACUGCAAUAGCCAGAACAAGUACGUGUGUUUCACUGGUUGCCACAGACGGAAACGAUUCCUGGUAAUUAAACGAUGGAUCUCUCGACGGAUGUCUGGGGGCAAUUGGCGUCGUUCAGAGGCACGCUGGAAGAACAGCACAACGCCAGAUCUAAAACGACGAUUGACAAGUUGCCGGAUAAAGUCGUGCUGCAAAUAUUUUCUUAUUUGAGCCAUCGUGAAAUUUGCCGUUUGGCUCGCACUUGCCGCAAAUGGCGUAUGAUCGCUUACGACCCAAGGCUGUGGAAAUCCGUCUCACUACGGCCGGAAAUGUCUGGUCUUCAUGUGAGCAGCCUCGAAGCUUUACUCGCGUUAAUCAGCAUUCGAUUUGGACCGUCCUUGCGCUAUAUCGAACUACCCAUUGAACUGAUUACGCACACAGUUCUAUACGAACUUGGAAGCAAAUGCCCAAAUCUUACCCACAUGUUGUUGGAUUUCAGUACAGCUAUGCAACUGCACGAUUUCAACGAGCUACAGGGUUUCCCGACCAAGUUACGCUACAUGUGCAUCUGUUUGAGCGAGGUCAUCUUCAUGGAGGGUUUCAUGCGCAAGAUCUAUUCGUUUAUCAAUGGACUUGAAAUACUCCAUCUAAUAGGAACCUAUGAAAAGAUCAGCGAAGAGGAAGAAGAAAUUUAUGAGGUCAUCAACAUACACAAAAUGAAGUCUGCCACUCCUAAUUUACGAGUUGUCAAUUUGUAUGGCAUCAAUUUUGUGGACGACAGUCACGUUGAAGCCUUCAGCUCUAAUUGCAUUCAGCUCGAAUGCUUGGCCGUUAAUUACUGCGCAAAAGUUACGGGUUCUUCGCUGCGGAUCUUGUUCCAACGAUGCCGUAAGAUGAGAUGUCUUUUAGCCCAGCAAACCGGAUUAUUGAGCGAGCAUGUGCAAGCCGUCGAGUGGGAAAAGACCCAACUCCAAGAAUUGGACAUUACCGGCACAGAUCUGACAUCAGAAUGUUUGACUGACCUGUUGACUCGAGUGCCCGCCCUUCGUUGGCUCAGCGCCGGACAGCAGGAUGGCUUCAACGAUAGCGUGUUGCGUGCAUUUGCUGAUAAAGGUAAUGCUCGCAGUUUAAUGGCAUUAGAUCUGGACCGUUGCGAAUCUCUCAGCGAGGAUGGCUUAUACAAGUUUCUUUUGAGAUUCGGCCCGCAACUGCGAGGAUUAGUACUUUCCGGAAUCCCUCACGUCACUGAUCAACUGUGGACUGGAACGUUGCCAUCCCUGCGACAAGUCAAGAUCCUUGUCAUGGGUAUGACGGAAGGUUGCUGCCCGAAAAUCAAUCAAAAAGUUUUAGUUGAUCAAUUGGUAGAUUGCAUUGCACAAAAUUGCUCUCAUCUGGAACGAUUAGAACUUCGGUGGGAUCCCGAAACUCUCCGUUACUCGGACAAAAGCCAAAAAGCUAUCGACACGUUGCGUGUUCGCUGUCUUCGCCUCAGGUGCCUCGUUUUGAGUGAUGGAAAGUACUACGAGACAGUCAAGGCAAAUUUCGAACGAGCUGAUCGUACGACGGUUGUGCGGACUACAACCAAUUGUCGCGUCUCCAACUGUUACUUGUCUUCUUUCUACCAAGAUUUGCUCUUCAAUUAAUUUUAAGUGGAAUAGGCCAAGACGGGAAAAAUUUUGGUUUUGUGUAUUAUUAUUAAUCGUUGAUGUGAGGGAUGUCAGGACAUCCUAAAAAAAAAGGGGAAAAGAAAAACUCAAUCUGAAAGAAUUAAAAGAAAAUUACUUUG